CUCAGCGGAUUUAAUAGAGUCGGAGGAGUGGAUCAGUGCGUCUGCUUUGUGACGUCCUUACGUCCCGCACGCCCGGGCGGGGAAGUGAAAGGUUAGAAAACAACGAUGGGAGAAGUUUGUAAAGAGAAAAACACUAAAACAUGGCUUACUGUCAUUUGGCAAGUCUGCAACGUUUUCAUGUCUUUAUUUUUUGCUCUUUCAACAUACGUGCAGAUCAAUGAUCCAGACGCAGGAAUAUGGAUGGUUGGUUAUGGUAUUCCUGCAGUCCUGUGUGCUUUUAUUGGCCUGAAACCCCAUGUGACAGAGACUUUGCCCUGGAGGCGUGUCGCUGAUCUCCACAUGAUGAUUUCCAGUGCUGUUACUGCCAUGUUGGGAUGGAGACUUUAUAAAGAACGGAUCACAGAGAUCUUCCAGCAGGAGGAGGGCAGAGAAUUUUCUGGUCUCAUGUUGACGCUUGUUUGGCUUCUCCUGUGUCGCCACUCCGGAAGAGCUCCAGUCGGGGCGCUCAGAGUGUCAACAGCUGCCGCCAUCACUGUCUUCCCCUUCGUGGCCUGGCUUUACUACUAUAUCAACAAGGAGCUGAGAUCAAACUGGCCUUCACAUUGUAAAACUGCCAUCUAGACUUCAACUUCUUCCCUCUUUUGUGAGUCAGUAAAGUAAAAGAAAACAAUAGUGAAGGAGCAUAAUGAGAAUGGCUGAUUGUUGUGUUCUUUGACUGAAAAUCCUGGACCAAGAAUGCUGCUUAAAUAAACUUUUUAUAGUAUUAUUAAAGAAAAGGGCUGUGAAAUGGUAUAAUUUUUGGAAGUAUAUUUCAUCGAAUGUGGACCAACAAAUUGUUGUGUAUCAGUAUUAUUACUUCUCUCUCUUCAAUGUACAAUUACAUAUGUAAUUUUGGACUGAUAAAGUUAUUGAUUUUAUAUUAAAAUCUACAAUGAC